GCAGCGCUCGUGCUCGUGUCUCGUGAGUUGUAAUGUCUUUCUCUGCUGACAGGACGGUUUGUGAGCUGAAGAAAUCCCGCUGUUAUGAUGGUCGCUGAGCCAUUGGCCGGAGAGACCCACGUGUGUCUCUCCAACACACCGGGACAGGCCGGAUUGGACAUUUUUCACGAACAGAGCGAGGAGACGAGACGAUAACAUGUUUGAAUCCCCCGAAAUCCUGCUCAUCCUUCUGGACGCAGCCUGCCUUACCCUCGUUGGACUUCCUUUUUGUAUCCUUAACAAUCAACAACGCCCUUUCAAACGGGGUUUCUUCUGUAACGACGAGUCCAUCAGGUACCCUCUGAAAGAUGACACCAUAUCCUACCAGCUGCUGGGAGGAGUCAUGAUCCCUUUCUGUCUGAUCGUCAUCAUCUGCGGAGAGAUUCUCUCCGUUUACUUGUCUCGAAUCAAGAACCAGUUAUUGGGGAAGAGGUACGUGUCGUGCCUCUAUAAAGCAGUGGGGAGCUACUUGUUUGGAGCCGCCGCCAACCAGUCUCUGACCGACAUCGCUAAAUACUCCAUCGGCCGUCUGCGGCCGCACUUCCUGGCUGCGUGCAAACCGGCAUGGGAGCGCAUCAACUGCACAGCAGGCGGUUACGUUGAGAACUUCACCUGCAGUGACACGUUACAGGAGGAUGAGGCCAGAUUAUCCUUCUACUCUGGUCACUCAUCCUUCUCUAUGUACUGCAUGCUGUUCCUUAUUAUGUACCUUCAAGCCAGACUGAAGUCAAAGUGGACCAGGCUUCUGCGUCCCACCAUCCAGUUCUUCCUUUUUGUCACUGCGGUGUAUGUGGGUCUCACCCGGGUGUCAGACUACAAACAUCACUGGAGCGAUGUGUUUGUAGGCCUCUUGAAUGGGGGUUUCGUAGCUGUUUUUACUGUGUUUUGCGUUUCCAAUUUCUUCGCACAGCCGGUGAAACCAGUGGUCUCACAACAGGAAGACGUCGGGCACAAUUUACAAGAACCUAGCAGUGGUAACCACUACGGCAGCACUGACUGACUCAGGACACUCAGUGAUCUGCAGGACUUCCGUUCCAAAUGAUUGUGAAACCCAUAAAUGAACAUCAAGUCCUUGUUUUGUUUUUUUACCUGCUGCCUGUCGGGAUGCGCAUCACGAACACGCUUCACCUGCAUGGAGCUGACGCUGCAGGCUUUAGCUGCUCCCAGGUGUAGCUGUGAAAAUUUGAUCCUAGACAACAAAAGUGCACUACAGAAGACAUUGCCAGCACAUAGUUUGAUUUGCCUUCUUGAAUAAAUGAAACUCCUUUUUGGCCAGAAUAAAGUAAGCGUCUGUGCACGAGCUGCAAGCAGGCUUGUAGAGGACCGCUGGUACCUGUGAAGAACAGCCGUCUUAAAAAUAAAGAAUGGACUCCAAAAAAAAUAAUAUAUACAGAAUUUUAAUAUCAUGUUUGCCUUAGAUUUGUGCUGCUGUUGGCUGAUGAUUUGUCAUUUUUAUUGUAAACACAAUGAAUUAUUGCUUUUUUUUUUGUUUUGUAGUCUAUAAGAAGUUGCUUUUAUGUUUGUCCCUGAACUGAAAUGAAAAAUAAAUGCGCUUUUUUUGUUACUUUCAUACAAA